AUGCAGCAGGACUAUAAUUGCAGCGGGUUUCUUGGAAUUGUUGAAGGCAAUUGCUUUCUUGUAGAGGACGGAAAUUUUUGGGAGAGUAAUUUAAAAAGCAAAUUUUGGGCUCGUUCAAUCCAUCUUGAUCCUGUUGGUUUUCUAACUCUCAAGUUUGAUGAUGGUGAAGUUUUUCAGUGGAGUAAGGUCACAACUUUUGUGUUCUACCAAUCACUAAUCACCAAAACUUGGACUGUUCCCUUUCAGGAGAUAAUUAAUAUGGAUGAUGGAAUAUAUGAAGCUGUUGCAGGAAGUGACUUUGUCAUUACUAGAGUUAGAUUUUAAGACAACUCUUCAAAGUACUACAUAAAUGACCGUGGAAGUAAUUUUACAGAGGUCACUAAGAAAUUGAAAGGAAAAGGAGUGGACUUGGACAAUUGUAAUUUCAGCAUUAUUCUAAUUGUAAAUGUAAUUGAAUGAAUGAACGAUUGUAAUUGAUUGUAAUUGAAUGAAUGA